GAAAAGCGAAAGCCCCCCGAAGAAUUCUAACGCAAUCCAAGCAAUCCAUGUUCCAAGAGAGAUAAGUACAGCAGCGUUAGAGAUACAACCACCACCAUCACCACCACAACCACCACCACCGCCACCACCACCGCCACUACUAAUAGGACUGUUAUUAAUGUUUAUGUUGGCAGCAUCAUCUACAUCGUCUUCGUUAUUAUUAUUACAUUUAUUAGCUUUAGUGUCAUUUUUGUUAUCAUCAUCAUCACCGUCAUCUUAAUCAUCUUCAUCGUCAUCAUUGUCAUCAUCAUCAACAUCAUCAUUACCACUACCUCUGUCAUUGUGGCUUAUAUAUCGUCACUAGCGUCAAGAAAAAACACCAAAAACAACGUCGACAAUUGUCACACAAAUAACUCCCGACUCUUGACAAAGAACAUCAAAUAUUUACUUGGAGUUAAAAGAUUACCAGAAGCGUCGGAUGAGUUUGGCCUCGUCAUUUUGAGUUGAAACCAAGAACGCUGCCGUCAGCACAAUGACAGAAUCUUUUGGACGGAACUAUAUUAUUGACUUGUUUUCAAGAUGUCGCAAUUCUCGUCAGUUAGUACUUUUCAUCGUCUUCAUCGCCCUUUUCCUAGACAACAUGCUGUUAACAACAGUAGUUCCAAUCAUUCCGAACUUCCUUUAUUUAACGCAAAACAAGGAAAUCCUUGUUAAUGACACUCGACAAGUACUGGUCAACGUAACCGAGCCAGCGGUCAUCGAAACCAUUUGCUACAAUGUGACCAAAAAUAGAGAUCUCAAUGAAACGGAACGGGAAGGUUUCAUAAAAUAUAUCAAGAAACUCGCCAAAACCUAUGUUCCGCCGACACCACAGAGCUACAUGUGCGAGAAUAUUACGGUGGCUCCACAAGGCUACACACAAAGUUAUGUGACUGAAUCUAACCUAGUGUAUGUGCCACAAACUCGACACCAGUUUCUAAGACACGCAACUGUGGUGGUAGGAUUGAUGUUUGCUUCGAAAGCUGUUGUACAGUUAAUCACUAACCCAUUUCUUGGACCAAUCACCAACAGGGUUGGUUAUAGUAUACCAAUGUUCACUGGUUUCGUUGUAAUGAUGGUGUCAACGAUAGUUUUUGCUUUCGCCAAUUCCUACUCUACAUUAUUCCUUGCCAGAUCCAUUCAAGGAAUCGGCUCUGCCUGUUCCAGUGUUUCAGGUAUGGGAAUGUUAGCAGAUCGAUAUCCAAACGAUGCUGAGAGAGGUAAAGCGAUGGGUAUUGCUCUCGGUGGCCUCGCUAUGGGAGUUUUAGUUGGUCCCCCUUUUGGUGGAAUAAUGUAUCAAUUCGGUGGUAAAGAAUUGCCGUUUCUCAUAUUAGCCUGCAUCGCUGUUAUUGAUGGUUGUUUGCAGUUGAUAGUAUUACAGCUGAAAGUAAAACCAGAAGCACAAGAAGGAACCUCAUUAAAAGACUUAAUCAAAGACCCCUAUAUUUUGGUAGCUGCUGGUGUUGCCUUUUUACCCGCGAGCAUUUCGUAUUUGAUAGGAACAAAUGUAUUUGGUUUACUGGCUCAUAAAAUAGGCAGGUGGUUGCUAUCGCUUAUUGGCAUCAGUUUCGCUCUUCUUUGUAUUCCAUUUGCCAAGAAUAUAUUCCAUUUAAUAGUGCCGCAUAUUGCUGUAGGUUUUGGAAUUGGAAUGGUGGAUUCAUCCAUGAUGCCGCUAAUGGGUCAUUUGGUGGAUCUGCGUCAUGUGUCUGUUUAUGGUAGCGUUUACGCCAUUGCAGAUGUGGCAUUUUGUCUGGGAUUUGCUGUCGGUCCUGCCGUUAGUGGUGCCAUUGUGAGGUGCUUGGGAUUUCCGGGGAUGAUUUGGGUGAUUUCCAUAGUAAAUAUCUUAUACGCUCCGACAAUGCUGUUUCUUCGGAAUCCACCGGUUAAAGAGGAGAAAAUGUCGCUGGUGAUGAACGAACAAUGUCCAGUACAAUAUGUGACGUACAACCAAAGUAAACGGGAUACGACAUCAGAAGACGAUGAAGGCGGCUACUGAGGGUGUGUGGCCGCAGACUGUCCGCCGCACCCUGUUGUGCUUUCACUGGGGCGAAGAGGGGGGGGAGAAUUUGAAUAACAAUGGUUAUAUAUGAAUGUCAACUACAACAAUAGCAACAACAAUGGCAAUAAGAACAUAAACAACCACAAAACAAAUAGAACAACAACCACCACAAAACACAGACACAACAACAACAAUAUAUCAACAGCAGAAAAUGUGUAAACUAUGCACAACAACAAUUACAACAACAUUUAAGAAGAUCCAAGUCACUGAGAAAUCUUCAGAGGAAUUUUGGGGAAAGAGAAAAGUUUAGGAAGAUGGCAACGACCGUAUGAGGAGCUCCAUGUCUUUUCUCUCUCUCUCUCUAUAAAUAUAUAUAUAUAUAUAUAUAUAUAUAUAUAUA